UGACGCGCACCAUCCACGAGCCCAAAGAUACCAGAGCAAAAGCAACGACCAGAGCUUUGAGCGCGAGACCGCCAACGGCCAACGGUCGGGGCGAUGCGCGGUUUCCAGGCGCCCCCCGAGUUUGUGCCUUCACCGCGCGCGGCGCCGCCCGGGUCCCGCGAGACCGCCGCUCGUCUGUGGCUGAUCCGCGCCCCCGCCGACUUCACCGCCCGCGGUUUUUCUGGAAAGAAGAUCCCCUUGGUUGGUUUUCAGACACUCCAGUCUAAGACUUGUGAGGAUAAAGUGUACAAUGUGUUUUCCACACCGGGUGGAGCAGAGGGCAUCUGCCUGAUCCUCCCCACAGACGCAGAGGGCCGGACAGAGAGCUGCUCGGAUUUUGCUGGCUGCAUCACCAUCGAUGAGAACUGGGAGGCUGCAUGCAGCAGCGCAGAGCCACGCUGCAUCCCCACCAGCCCCGCUCCCAACAUCCCGACCGACUUGAAGCAACGCUUCCAGCCUUUCGGAGUAGGCCCGCCCGGGUGGUCCCCACGGGAACGACAGCCGGCGCGGAGAGGCAAGAAGAAGAGGGCGAAAGAGAAAGUGGCGGUCGAGGAACUCGAACCUGGAGGCCAAGAAGUCGAUUCUGAAACUCCGGGCGAGUCUAGGAAAAAGAAAAAGAAGAAGAGCAAAGAGCUGCUGGAUGUGCCGGUGCCAGAAGUGGGACACAAACACAGGAAGCGGAAGAAGAGGGGCAAAGAUGAGAGCUACGAAACUAUGCCCUCUGAAUCAGACACCAGGCACAAGAAGAAGAAAAAGAAAAAGGAUAAAGUUUAAAUGGCAACUGAAACUCCAUAUGAUGCAUCUGGGUUCUACUUCCUCUUGCCAUCUUGUGACUAAUGGGUUUUGGUGAUGCCAAGUUUGGGGGGCCCUCCACCCAACCCCUGUAUGUUGUAUAAAUCCUAGAACUGCAGGAUUCCAGCGUAUGCCACUCCUCUCCUGAAUUGGGUGACGAAUUACCUUUUUGUGACAGUUCACCUCUGUGUUGUCUUCUUGGGUAUGUUGAAGGAAACUCCCUCUCGUUUAGCAUUGGAGCUCUGAUUUGCGUGUUGUUAAUAUCUGACUGGGACACCGAGAUCAGCAGGGAAUUAUUGCAAGCUAUCUUGGUGGGGGCAACCCUUGCCAAGAAUCGGGACCUCCCACACUCUCAACUACCUCUGCUGACUGUCAACUUGAAGCCCAAGCACAGGACUUGAUGCAGAUUUAGCUGUUGCCCAAGUUACAGGAUAGGUUGAAGGGGUUUAUUAUCUUCCCAUUGUUGGUAAGAUAGACACAAAGUGCUGGAGUAACUCAGCGGGACAGGCAGCAUCUCUGGAGAGAAGGAAUGGGUGACGUUUUGGGUCGUGACCCUUCUUCAGACAUGUGGGGGGAUUUACUCAGUAACGAUACUGAUAUCUAUCCCUGCUCCAGGAGUGUUUGAUGGAUCAGUGUAGAGGGAACAUUACUGUGUCGAAUACUUUCGUGACCAUUUCUGCCCAGGCUUCCAAUUUGUGUUUUGUUUUGCAAAUGAUUUUAUUAAAAACCAGAUGUCAUGUA